AUGCUCCAAUCCCACAUUCUGCAGCUCCGUCAGGGUGUUCAGGCCUCCUCACUCGGAAAGGACACUCAGCAGCAACUACGGCAACUCCUAGGCCUCUCGGAAAAUGCUGCGAAAAGGAUGGCCCAACAGCGAAUACUUAAUGCUCUUGCUUUUCGUGCUAUGCGCCGAAGAAUUAACGCUGUCGAAGAAGCUCACCAGCAGACCUUUAGGUGGAUGUUUGAAGAGAAAUCAACGCCUGGAACUGAACAUGAUAACUGUCGUGAUCGUAUUCCAGAGUAUAAACGGGAUGUCGCUGCUCGAUUGUUCAAGGACUGGCUAUCUCGCGGCCAGGGGAUAUUUCACAUCACCGGAAAAUUAGGGUCUGGAAAGUCAACACUUAUGAAGUUUCUUUAUAAUCACCCACAGACUAGGCAGGAAUUGGAGCAUUGGGCAGGCGAUCGAAAGCUCGUCUUUGCGAGCUUUUUCUUUUGGAAACCGGGACACGAGCUACAAAAUUCCAUAAAGGGCUUGUUACAAUCUAUUCUUCAUGACCUACUUGCACAAUGCCCUGAUCUCAUUACCGUUGUCUUCCCAAAGCACUGGGAUCAGGUGUACGGCGGGCCAUUCAGCGUUCCGUCCAAGCUUGAGUUCCAGCCGAACGAGAUCCGUGAGGCAUUCAGACGGUCGAUAGAAGACGGUGCUCUUUAUCAUAAGUGUCGCUUCUGCUUCUUCAUCGACGGUCUCGAUGAAUAUCAGGAGACGAAUCAAGAUGAUUUUAAAACCAUGGUUGAAAUGCUCUGGAGCUGGACUGAUAUAGCUCCUGAAGGUGUGAAGAUCUGUGUCUCGAGCAGAGAGUAUAAUGUGUUUCUUAAUGGGUUUCCGCCAGACAGAAGGAUCAGGAUUCAAGAUCUUACAAGAUUAGACAUGGAAAGAUAUGUGGAAGAUAAAAUGAAGGACGUCGAUCAUCAGACGAAGGAACGCCUUAUCUCACGUAUUGUUCGAAGGGCGAGAGGUAUUUUCCUUUGGGUAGCGCUGGUCGUCAAGUCCCUUCGCGAACAAAUUGAGGACGGUUGCAUCCUCAGAGAGCUUGAAUGGAGCUCAAGUCAUUGCCAGACGAGCUGGAAAGUCUUCUUGACCAUCUGCUCAAUUCCAUUAAACCGUCAAUCCGUCAGAAGGCGUACCAGACUUUUCAACUCGUCUUAA